AUGGCCGCGUACAUCCAGCGCUUACACCACAUUUCUCUGCACGUCUCCAGCGCGGACAAAAUCUCCCGGGAGCUCGUUUCAAAGUUCAAAUUCAACCUUUUCGCGGCGAGACUCCAGGACAAGUCCAGACAGUUCGCGUUUAAGAAGGGAAGAGCCGUGUUUGUGGUGAACGAGAGGCCGAAUCUGGGUAAAACUCGAUUGAAUGAACGACACGAGCCGAAUCUGGAGGAUUUUCAAGCCGGAAAACUGAACCGUGAAAGUUUAUCCGCGUGUCUUUAUGAUGUAACUCCUCAUUACUCUGUGGACACCGUCGCAAAUGUGUGUUUUGAAGUUGAAAACGUGCAGAGGUCAUUCCACACUUUGCGCCAGUUGGGUUGUACGUUCCUGGUCCCGCCCACCACUGUGCGUGAUGACGGCGGCGCGGUGACGUACUCCGUGGUCAAAUCCAUCGUGGGAAACGUGUGUCACACUCUCAUCGAUAAGUCUGAGUACGAGGGCGGGUUUCUGCCCGGGUUCAAACUCGUUGGAGACGCGCGUAAAGAUGAAGAGGACGCGACGUGCCCAGUGACGCACUUUGACCACGUGACGUACGCGUGUCCGCGGAGGUUCACGCACAGCGUCAUGGACUGGUACGAGAAGCUGUUUGGGUUUAAAAGGUUUUUCAUUGGCAGUGGUGAAGACCCAGACGAGGGCUUCGUGCUGGACCAGGAGGGCAUAGGUCUCCGUCUCACCGCCAUGGAGUACUGGAAGUGCAGCGAGAAGGGUCUGACUCUGCCGUCGGCCCACCAGAGGGAGCCAGACUGCAAGUUUGUCAUCGCCGAGUCGCUUCCUGAACAAGGGCGUAACCAGGUGGACCAGUUCCUGCAGCAGCACCGAGGAGCAGGGAUCCAGCACAUCGGCCUCUACACCGACGACAUCCUGUCCACGGCCCAGAGCAUGAGCCGGGCCGGGGUCAGCUUCUUCUGCCCGCCCCCGGCCUACUACACCGAGGUGGGGAAGCAGCAGGAGAUCGUAGAAGCAGGUCACAGCCCCGAGCUUCUGUCUCAACACGGGAUCCUCCUGGACACGGACCUGCAGGACACAGAGGGGACGAGAGACAAGACACAGGGACACGAGAGGAGAUACCUGCUCCAGGUGUUCACGCGGCCGCUGUUUUCCGAGGACACGUUUUUCCUGGAGCUGAUCGAGCGGCGAGGAGCGUCCGGGUUUGGAGAGGGAAACAUCCGAGCGCUCUGGAAAUCUGUGCAAACGUACAUGGAGAAAGAGGAAAAGAACAACAAGAACAACCAAACGCUCCAGUCGGCCAAAGGCUAACGCACGACGAGCACGUUUAUAUUUUAGUUUAGUUAGUUUGUUUUAAAUUAAAUGUUACUUAAAGCUGCACUGUGUAACUUUUCUGGUGGAGGAUCUGUGGGAAAUAACAAGCGAGCACCCGCCACACGCUACAGGAUCGUCUGCCUCAUUUUGAACCGGACUUCAGGACGUUUUUGCGCCGUUUCGCUCCUCGUUUGUGCGGCGACCGAGCGACUCUGAGCUUCUUUGUCAUCUUAACCGCAAAAUAUCACCACGGCAACAGCCAAUAAAACAGAGCACCGGGGUCAAACAGAGCGACGGACACCGACGCGCGAGGUACAAACUCACAAAACAGCUGAAAUAGUUUAAAGAAGUCGUAAAGUUGUAAAGUAGCUUGUGGUGUGCGGUCUCUUCGCUGCCAUAUCCCGCACUCAGAGAUUUAACCGUAUUGCGGCGGAGUUUCCGUUACCGUAACUUAGCAACCAUUUGUGCCGUCGUGUAAAUUCAAACUGACACUUCCUUAAACAUGAUUUUUUGAGUUUUACUUUAGAAACAUAAAAAAACGACAGUCACAUUUAAACAGUAAACAAAAGAAACAAAAGUUGGACGUAGCGUCGUAAUGUCACAUAAAACAACAGUCACAUGAUCAGACGAAUUCCGGUUUUCUAAGCAGAAUAUAAGAUUUCCAAUUUUUCCAUAUCUUGUCAAAUUUGUCCUUUUGGAGUCUGUUGUACGUGGUAAUCCGUUCCAUGACAAAUACUGAGUUCACCAGGUCGUGCCAAUCGUUUAAGGUGGGGAUGUUUGUCCAUUUUUUAGUUAUUGUUUUUGGGCUAUUUUCUUUAGACAACAUGUAGUAAUUUUUUUUAAAAUUAUUAUUAUUUAUUUAGAUUUUUUUUUUUUUUUUGGUAUUUUGAGUUUAUUUAGAUUUUUUUAAAUUUUUUUUGUUAUUUUGAUUUUUUUAUUAAGUUAUUUUGAUUUCAUUUAUAUUUGUUAUUUUAAGUUUUUUUUGUUUCUUUUUUUUGUUAUUUUAUUUUAUUUUUUUAUUUUUUUUGAGGAUUCGUCUAAUCGUCCAACGUGGGGAUGUCCGUCUUUCACCAUUUUUUUAGUUAUAGACUUCCGCGUCGCUAAGCUCAACAUUUAAACACGAUUUUUACGGCUAAAAACAAUAAAAGUCCAGUUGAAUUCUACUGAUCUAAAAUGUGCUCAGGUCUUAAAGGGUUAAAACCGAUUCUCCUCACGUUGUCGCACGUUUAAAAAUCGUUUAAAUCCUGUCGUGUGUGGCGGGUUUAAUAAGGAGCCGUGUUUGUUUUGACACGAGCGUGCGGGUAAAUUUACCUCAGUUUAAAGGCACUUACAGGGAAGAGGGAUGUAUUUAUGUAUUUAUGUAUUUAUGUAUAUGAAAUAUUUAAAGACAGAUUAUAUGCAGGGGCGUCAGAUUUGGGGGGUAAAGUGCUGUUUUUGGGCGUUUUUCUUUAGACUAGUAAGUUUUUUGUUUUGUUUUUUAUUUUGAGAUUUAUUUAGAUUUUUUUUUGUUUUUUUUUAUUUAAAUUUUUUUUUUUUUUUUUUUUUUUUUUUUUUUUAUUAAGUUAUUUUGAGUUCAUUUAGAUUUUUUUGUAAAGUUUUUUUUUUGUUUCUUUUGUUAUUUAGAGUUUUUUUAAAGUUAUUUUGAGGGUUGUUUUUUUUUGGUAAGUUAUUUUGAGUUUAUUGUGAUUUGUUUUUGUUAUUUUAGGUUCUUUUUUGUUUUCAGUUUUUUUUUUUUUUUUUUUUUUUUUGAGGGUUCGUCCAACCGUCCAAGGUGGGGAUGUCCGUCCAUUUUUUUUGUUUUUGGGCAUUUUUCUUUAGACGAGUAGUAUGUUUGUUGUUUUUUUUAUUAUUAUUUAUUUUGAGGUUUGUUUGUUUUUUGUUAAAAUAUUUUGAGUUUAUUUAGGGGUUUUUUUUAAGUUUUUUUUUUUUGGUAUUUGGAUUUAUUAUUUUUUUUUUAGUUAUUUUGAAUUUUUUUUAAUAAGUUAUUUAAGUCUAAAUUAAAUUUACUUUUUUUUUGUUUCUUUUUUGUUAUUUUGGGGGGGGGUUUGGUAAGUUAUUUUGAGUUUAUUAUAAUUUGUUUUUGUUAUUUUAGGUUGUUUUUUUGUUUCUUUUUUUAUUUUAAGUUGUUGUUUUUUUUGUUUUUUUGAGGGUUCGUCCAAUCGUCCAAGGUGGGGAUGUCCGUCCAUUUUUUAGUUAUUGUUUUUGGGCAUUUUUCUUUAGACGUGUAGUACGGGGCCCAUCUCGAUUUGUACCCGGGCCCCCGAAUUUGGUGCUGCGCCUCCGUCUGUACGACGCCAAAACACUGUUAAACUUGAUAUACGUGACAUUUAAUCGCACAUAAACGUCAUAUCUGUUCGUGGGUUUCAGGAACGAUGACACGUUACGACCGUUGCCAUGGUAUUUAACAAUUUGAAUGUUUAGUUUGAAUGUUUUGAAUGGUUUCGAAGGGUCCGUCGUCCUCAAAAUGACGGCGUUUACAAUGAUUCUGUCUGAAAAAUGAGUUUUAUUUGAGCUCGUCGGUUUGUCGGUGCAAGUAAAGGUUAUGAAAUGUAUAUAUAUUUUACUUUUUUUUUUUUAGUUAUUUUGAGUUUUUUUUUUUAAGUUAUUUUGAGUUUAUGUAGAUAUUUUUGUUAUUUUAAUUUUUUUUUUUAGUUAUUUUGAGUUUAUUUAAAAAAUUUUUGUUAUUUUAAGUUUUUUUUGGUGCUUUUAAAGUGAGUUUCAUCAUCAGAUCAUGUAAAAAAGGACUUGGAUCUUGGAUAAUAUGAUUCUGAAGUGUAAAUGUGUUUGUUCCUGUGUUUUAAAUUAAAAAACUGCAAAGAAAAUGUGAAAAAACACAAAAAUGUGUUUGUCUAAUGUUUAAACAACAGAUGAGCUUUGACACGACGAGGCUUAAAAACGUUCAACAUGACACAAAACUGACUGUUGUGUCUUUAAGUCGAGUUUAAAUCUGUGAACGCGUCAAAAUCAGACCUGGAGUUGUGUUUGUUUCAUUCUCACAUGUUUGAGUCACUUUAUUAUUCGUCUGUGACGUCUACAAAGAUCAAAACACGACGUUACACCUCGUGAUGUCAUCAAGUGAACAGAGACUUUUACCUUUAGUUCAGCAGAAGAACGACAAGAGACAGAGAUGAAAUGAUACAAAUGAAGAGAGAGAAGAGAGAAAGAG